AUACCGGCACCACUUUCACCAGACUCUCUGUUCACUGUUUACGAGAAACGAGUUGUUCACAAGUCACCUGUGUGGCAAUUGUUCUGAAAUAAUUUAAAACUACGACCAUUUGUUUAGCAUGAAGGAGAAGGAAGAAAUGGAGGUUCAGGACACUAGGAACAAAGUGAAAAUGAGGGAAAAUCUGCACAAGCUUAUCAUCAGUCAAUUAUUUUAUGAUGGGUUCCAACAAGUUGCUGCCAGUUUGAUUGGUCUGACCCACCCAGACAGCCCAUGCCCACCAUCGGACAGAUUAAUGCACUUGGUUACGCUGGGUCUCGAACAAGAACAGAAACAACAAGGGGCUAAAAUAAUGGGGCUCGGUGUUUCUUCAAAGUUUGACAAUAUUGGGUCUGGCCUUGAUCUCGAGUCUAUUAGCGAAGCUUCAACAAUCGCCCCUGAGCCAGCGUCGUAUGAAACGGUUUAUGUCACAGCACACAAAGCCCCAUGUCGAACUGGAGCGAUAAGCAAGGAUGGACAGCUCGUGGCCACGGGUAGUCUGGAUAAAUCCAUCAAAAUUUUGUCUGUGGAAAGAAUGUUGGCCAAGAGUAGCGACAUUGAGACUGCAGAACCACAGGGUCAUCCUGUUAUAAGGACUUUGUAUGACCAUACAGAAGAAGUAACCUGUUUGGAAUUUCAUCCAAAGGAACAAAUUCUCAUUUCAGGGAGCAAAGAUUUCACGGUGAGAUUAUUUGACUACAGUCGCACAUCUGUCAAGAAGGCUUACAAAACAUUGAAUGAGUCAUCUUCUGUGACCGCCUUAUCGAUUCAUCCCACGGGGGACUAUUUGUUGGUCGGAACACAACAUCCAGUUGUUCGAAUUUAUGAUAUAAAUACCAGUCAAUGUUUUGUUGGAAGUAUUCCUGCAACCAAUCACACGCGUGAGAUUACUUCCUUGGCAUGGUCCUCUGAUGGAAAAAUGUAUGUCACAGCUUCUACAGAUGGAUCUAUAAAAUUAUGGGAUGGUGUUUCCAGUCGCUGCGUGUAUACGAUGGAAAUGGCGCACGACGGGAUGGAAGUUGGGUCUGUGACGUUCAGUCGAAACAAUAAAUAUAUUUUAUCAUCGGGGAAGGACUCUCUAGUGAAAUUGUGGGAACUCUCCACCCACAGAAGCUUAAUUGCUUAUACUGGAGCAGGGGUCACUGGGAAGCAGGAAUUUACCACACAGGCAAUUUUCAACCAUACAGAGGAAUAUGUCGUGUAUCCAGACGAAGCAACCAUUUCUCUUUGUGUUUGGGACGCAAGGACGGCCUCUCGUCAAAAUCUAUUGUCACUUGGUCACAACGGUCCAAUUCGAUCCAUCGUACAUUCUCAUGCAGGAGCUGGAUUUUUAACUUGUUCAGAAGAUUUUCGAGCUCGAUUUUGGUAUCGCCGAAUGGCCCCCGUUUAACUUUGCCCAGUGCAUCUAAGCAAGACUUCAUGAGACUGCAUGUCUCUUCACGAAAUACAUUGUUACAAUAGUAAAUACGUAGCUAAAAUAGUUCAUUUUUCAUACUGCAAUUUUUAUGAUGUAUGAGAGGCGUUGAUUUAUUACUACAAAUUAAAACUUAAUUUGCAAAUAUGUCAACACAAAUCUUUAUUAAUACACAUGUAAUUAUUGAAUUGUAUUUAAUAAACUAGUAUUUUAAUCA